AGACCACGGCUUCGUUCCUUGUUAUAGACCACGGCUUCGCUUCUUGUUAUAGACCACAGCUUCGCUCUUUGAUAUAGACCUCGUCUUCGCUUCAUCUUAUAGACCACGACUUAGCUCCUUGUUAUAGACCAUGACUCCGCUCUUUGUUAUAGAGCACGACUUUGCUCCUUGUUUGAACUUCCCCGAACUUCUUAGACGUCCCUCGUUCGUUAGAUACGAAUUAUGUUGAAACUUAAUGAUGCGUCUCACUUUGGUUAACUACUUAAAGAUUUAAACCACGAAUAUAUGUAACAUGAUGUUUCAUACCGAAGUGCAUUCGAGGAUACAGUAUUAAAAUAUUAAAACCCUAUACGGAUGUAUAAAUAACCGUAGUGACGGAUUUCUGUGUUUCUUAAAUUAGCCGCUAACAAUUACCAGUUAAUAGAUUAUUAUUUCAAAUAAGUGAAUAAAAUUAUGGCUGAUGACGAAGUCAGGAAUUUUGAAACAUGGGACUGGGUGUUAUUCGCCGCUAUGCUUGCUGUAUCCGCGGGAAUCGGUAUAUUCUAUGCUGUCAAAGAAUUCUGCAGUGAAAAGAAAAAUACAACUGGAGAGUUCCUGAUGGGAGGUAGGAAUAUGCAAUUAUUUCCGGUUGCUGUCAGCAUUCUUGUGUCAUUUAUGUCGGCCAUUUUGAUUCUAGGAACGCCAGCGGAAAUGUACACCGCAGGAACUUUAUACUUUACCUACCUCCUUGGAAUGAUCCUCGCAAUUAUUCUGUCCACAAUAUUGUUCGUACCACUUCUGUAUCCACUGACACUAACCAGCAGCUUUGAGUAUUUGGAGCUGCGGUUUAAUUCCGUCUUCUAUUUUUCCCCGACAAAUGUUCUUAUUUUAUUUCAAUUUUGGAGCUUCGGCUUAACGAAUUCUAUUAUUUCUUGACAAAUGUUCUUAUUUUAUUUCAGUAUUUGGAGCUGCGGUUUAAUUUGUCACCUAUAAUUUCCCGACAAAUGUACUUAUUUUAUUUCAGAAUCUGGAGUAGCGGUUUAAUUCUGUCAUCUAUUAUUUCCCGACAAAUGUACUUAUUUUAUUUCAGUAUUUGUAGCUGCGGUUUAAUUCUGUCAUUUAUUAUUUCUGGACAUUCAAAUGUUCUUAUUUUAUUUCAGUAUUUGUAGCUGCGGUUUAAUUCUGUCAUUUAUUAUUUCUGGACAUUCAAAUGUUCUUAUUUUAUUUCAGUAUUUGUAGCUGCGGUUUAAUUCUGUCAUUUAUUAUUUCUGGACAUUCAAAUGUUCUUAUUUUAUUUCAGUAUUUGGAGCUGCGGUUUAAUUCCGUCUUCUAUUAUAUCCCGAUAAAUGUUCUUAUUUUAUUUCAGUAUUUAAAGCUGCGGUUAAAUUCUGUCAUCUAUUAUUUCAGGACAUCAAAUGUUAUUAUUUUAUUUCAGUAUUUGGAGCUGCGGUUAAAUUCUGUCAUCUGUUAUUUACCGACAAAUGUACUUAUUUUAUUUCAGUAUUUGUAGCUGCGGUUUAAUUCUGUCAUUUUUUAUUUCUGGACAUUCAACUGUUCUUAUUUUAUUUCAUUAUUUGUAGCUGCGGUUUAAUUCUGUCAUUUAUUAUUUCUGGACAUUUAAAUGUUCUUAUUUUAUUUCAGUAUUUGGAGCUGCGGUUAAAUUCUGUCAUUUAUUAUUUCUGGACAAAUGUUCUUAUUUUAUUUCAUUAUUUGAAGCUGCGGUUUAGUUCUGUCAUUUAUUA